ACGGAUAAAAGAAAGCGCGUCGCCGGUGUCUGGCGCUAGUGCGCCUGUACGCUAGCAAGAACUGUCUUUUUCUUUUUUAAUAUUUUCUCUUCCCGUCCCCAAAACCCAGUACAGCGCCUGGGAUGUCCGCUGACGGAAUCGAUGCAUGAGAAAACGACUAGACGGAUGGGAUGAAUGAAAGGCUGAGCGACGAAAGAGGGCUGAAACGGCCAGGAGGUGGCUCGGCGACGCCCGAAACAGACAUCCCAACGAGAGCACAGGGGGUAACCUGGGGAGCGCCGCCGGGCCGGGCACAGGAGGCUGCAGCGGGGCCCGGGUAGGGGCUCCCCCGGGCGACCGCGAAGCGCCGAGUCUCGCCUCGAGGGAGCGUCACGCCGCACAGGAAGCGAGUCACGCCCGCCGACUCGGCCCGCUCCGCACCUCACACACGGAUCGCCGGCGGCCGCCGCCAUCUUCGCGCGCGCGCGCGCUCCAACCCCGCCCCCAGACGCCACGCCCACGUGAUCACUCGCCUCCAGGGCGUGGACGGGGCUUUUCGUCACGUGACGCCGGGGCGGGGCCAACAUGGCGAUUCCCAGAGAGGUGAGGAACUCCGGGCUAGGGCGGCCGAGGCUGUGAGGGAGGCGGCCGAGGGUCGACGUCUACGCCAUAGGUGUGAGGCGGUGGAGGGUAGCCCAACGCCAGCUCCCAGGCGUCAGAGAGUGGCCUACAGUAGAGCUUCCCUUCUCGCAGCUGGAGAACGGAUUGAGAAGGUGCUGGCUGGGCGAAGCUACCGCUCUCUGCCUGGCGGGGAAUAAAGGGCCCAGAGUCCAGGGCGUUCCUAGUCACCCCAGUUUACCCGGAGUCUCAGGUCUAAAGACAUGACCCGAGCGUGCGCUUCCCCGGCCCCUGAGCCUGGGGCCCCGCUGAGCGGUUCGGUGCUGGCAGAGGCGGCAGUGGUGUUCGUAGUGGUGCUGAGCAUCCACGCGGCCGUGUGGGAUCGAUACUCGUGGUGCGCCGUGGCCCUCGCGGUGCAGGCCUUCUACGUCCAGUACAAGUGGGACCGGCUGCUACAGCAGGGAAGCGCUGUCUUCCAGUUUCGAAUGUCCGCAAACAGUGGCCUACUGCCCGCCGCGGUGGUCAUGCCUUUGCUCGGGCUGGUUAUGAAGGAGCGCUGCCAGGCUGCGGGGAACCCAUACUUCGAGCGGUUUGGAAUUGUGGUGGCGGCCACUGGCAUGGCAGUGGCCCUCUUCUCAUCGGUACUGGCACUGGGCAUCACUCGCCCAGUGCCCACCAACACCUGUGUCAUCUCGGGCUUGGCUGGAGGUGUCAUCAUUUAUAUCCUGAAGCACUCGCUGAGUGUAGGCGAGGUGAUCGAGGUCCUGGAGGUCCUGUUGAUCUUUGUCUACCUCAACAUGAUCCUACUGUAUCUGCUGCCCCGCUGCUUCACCCCUGGAGAGGCUCUGCUGGUACUGGGUGGCAUCAGCUUCGUGCUCAACCAGCUCAUCAAGCGCUCUCUGACUGUGGUGGAAAGCCAGGGGGACCCCUUGGACUUCUUCCUGCUGGUCGUGGUGGUAGGGAUGGUGCUCAUGGGCAUCUUCUUCAGCACCCUCUUUGUUUUCAUGGACUCAGGCACCUGGGCCUCUUCCAUCUUCUUCCACCUCAUGACCUGUGUACUGGGCCUCGGCGUGGUCCUGCCCUGGCUGCACCGGCUCAUCCGCAGGAACCCCCUGCUGUGGCUUUUUCAAUUCCUCUUCCAGACAGAGACCCGAGUCUACCUCCUAGCCUACUGGUCUCUGCUGGCCACCUUAGCCUGCCUGGUGGUGCUAUACGAGAAUGCCAAGCGGUCAUCUUCCGAGUCCAAGAAGCACCAGGCCCCCACCAUUGCUCGGAAGUAUUUCCACUUCAUUGUGGUAGCCACCUACAUCCCAGGUAUCAUCUUGGACCGGCCACUGCUCUACGUGGCCGCCACCGUAUGUCUGGCGGUCUUCGUCUUCCUAGAGUAUGUGCGCUACUUCCGCAUCAAGCCCCUGGGCCACACUCUGCGAAGCCUCCUGUCCCUCUUCCUGGACGAACGAGACAGUGGACCGCUCAUCCUGACCCACAUCUACCUGCUCCUAGGCAUGUCUCUUCCCAUUUGGUUAGUCCCCAGACCCUGCACACAGAAGGGUAGCCUAGGGGGAGCCAGGGCCCUAGUUCCCUAUGCAGGAGUCCUGGCCGUCGGUGUGGGCGACACUGUGGCCUCCAUAUUCGGCAGCACCAUGGGGGAGAUCCGCUGGCCUGGAACUAAAAAGACUUUUGAGGGGACCAUGACAUCUAUAUUUGCCCAGAUAAUUUCUGUAGCUCUGAUCUUAAUCUUCGACAGUGGAGUGGACUUAAACUACAGUUAUGCUUGGAUUUUGGGGUCCAUCAGCACCGUGUCCCUCCUAGAAGCAUACACUACGCAGAUAGACAAUCUCCUUUUGCCUCUCUACCUCCUGAUAUUGCUGAUGGCCUAGGUGCUGUGCAGCAGCGAUGAAGGAAACAGGGACAUGGGGAAGACAAAUGGUCCCCACGGCAGCCAGCCACUUGGGCUUGAAGAGCCAGGAGGGGAGAAGCAGAUUUAAUUUUUCAGUUGAUUGAGAUUUAAAAUAAAAAUCAAAGCACUCCCGGG